AUGGAUAACCCGAAUUUCAGUGCAAGCUAUCACCGAUCCGGUAGCGAAGAAAAACUGGUUUAUACAAAAAUGAGCGACGACGGGGACGAGGACGAUUUCGACAACGAGGAAGAAGACGAGGAUGAUGAAGAUCUCAAAGAGGAGGAGUAUGACUUCGCACAGGUUUCUAUCCCCACCAAGCAUAUCCGCUUUGUAACUGAUGCUUCUCUGAGCUCCUGGAGUGAGCCAGAAAAACACUGGGAGAAGACCAGUUGUUUAGGGUAAGUACUUGGCUAAAUUUUCGACAUAUGCCGAAAGUUUAGCAUUAAAAGUUGAUAUCUGUUCAAUCGCGCGCGGCCGGCCAUGCGUUUGAUUUGUCAGCAUAUCAAGCUGAGUUGUGCUUGCAAGUCAUUUCACUCUGUUCAUGACCCGGCAAAUUACAUAGCCAUUAACAUUGACGGAUUAACUUUAGAGCGCUAAACAUGAAUAGAAUUUUACUGAGUUUAGGAUUAAUUUUUUCCUCUUGUACAUAUCCGCCUACCGGUCAUGAAAUUAUCAUAUAAGUUCCACAAUGAGUGAUCGAUACAAUAACAAAUUUUAGGGUCCUUGUACUUAGUAGUGAACAAUUGGCUUGACCGUUAUGUUUCAAGGUUGGCUAAAGCUUCAAUUAUUAUAUCAUGAGGCGAAGAGUGUUCAUCCACCAUUUAUCCAACAUUCGGCUUUCAGUGUCUUAUUCCUAAUAACUUCAGAUUUAUAUGUAAGUCCUUUGCACGUGUGCACUCGAGAUGAUAUUGGACUCAUCUUUGCUCAAAUUUACGUCACACAAAGCACUUUUUAAAACAAAUAUUGGAUAUUGUUUCCCACACAUUAAAAGUUUGAAAAACUUAGGCCUCUUUUAAACGUCAUUCUACUGCUUUGUAAAUUGGGCUCUCUGUAGCUCAACGCCAGUGCCCCAAUGGCACAAAACAGUGCCCAAUCCAGACCUUGAGAUAAGGGGGGGGGGACCUGGUCAUCCAAAGACCCUUAGAUAAGGGGGGCUCUCCAAAAAAAUUUUUUUCAGCCCUUCAGGCCUAAGUUUGGUCUUAAAAUAAGGGUUGGGGGGGGGGGGGGUGGGCCCCUUCCCUACAUCAACCACUGCAAAAGCACAACUUGGUUUCAGAUCUUGAAUUUUUUUGUUAGUCAAAUUAAACAGCUUUUGUCAAAAAUAACAUACACGACAUUUGACAUGAAGGCUGUUUAGCGAAAGCUACUGCACGUAAAGGCAACGUGAGCAAAAUAGUUGACUUUUGUGAAAGUGCUGUAAAUUCACUAAAGCCCAAGACUGCCCCACAUACGAUUAGUGGUGGAGACCACUGGCCAGCAUUGUCUCAUGUUUAACCUCAUUUAACGUUCAUGAAACUCACCAAUCACAGAGAUGCCUCUUUUGGACUACCACUGGCCCCCCUCCCCCUCCCUGAUAUACACAAUUUGACCCAGUCUUGGCGUUUUUUUAAUUCUCUUUAUUCUCCUUUUGUGUGACUUGUACUUUGCACUUACAUGUAUGUACAAAAAUCCACCAGAGCAGCGAGCGUCCAUAAUAAUGCCCAGCGUGCAGGCUGCCAGCAAAUUUCUCUAACAGACAGUAAAAAUGUUAGAACAGGUGACUGACAGCCCACGUCACAGACAUAAUCUAAUCCUGGUUAGUAGUAUCUGAGAAGCACUUCCAAUAUCCUUGUUCUGGGGCCCUAAUGGACUCAACAAAUUACUGGAAAUGAGUGUUGAAUAUCCCUUUAACCUGCUUGGGAAAUCAGCAAUGGCUUUUAUAACAGGCCAAUCAUGGUGCGUUUGUCUCAAAUCUUGGUACACACAAUCAGCCACAAAAUUGUUGAGACAUUGUACUCAAAUAGGGUAACUUCAGAGAGCAAAAGAAUCCACAGCCCUCCCCUGUCCCCUCCAUGAAAAGUUGUGGUGUUUGUUGUUUUCUAUAGGUAGCACCAACAGUGGCACAAUAUUGCAUGGAGGGGAUGGGGGAGGAAAAGCUAUAUUUUCCCCUUUUGAAGUCAGUCAAACAUCAAAAAGCCCCUUUAGGGCGAAGUGUCUCAACUCAUUUUGUCGCCCAUUCCAGGUGGGGGCCCAGGAUAGUGACUGCUGGCAGUUCUAAGAGGAAGCCCCAGAGGGCUGAGCUUCUAGGGGAUAUGGGAGUACACUCCUGUGGAAUAUUUUAAAAUUUUACUCUUUGCGAGAUUCAGAUUCCUGCAAUGUCGGGCCAUGAUACUUGUUCAGACCAUUACCUUUUUAUGCUUGAACCCAAAAUGACUUGUUUAAUGAAUGCAAGAAGUGCUUUGUAAUUUACUAAAAAAACAAUCUCCCUUCCCUUGAACUUCCAAAAACAUGCUUGUGUCCCCCAUUUUUUUUACACUGUAACCGGAUGGAUUCAUUCUUUGUAAGAAAUUGUCUCCAUUAGCUUAUUUAACUUAAAUUAUAUAAGAGACAAAACUAAGAUUAUGUUGAGAUCCAACUGAGAAAAUUUACAAAGUGUUAUUCAAAGAACCAAUUCACAUUUAACCAUAAUGAAUUGAGAGGUGAAUAUGGUCCUUUUAACAUCACAUGUAUUGUAUAGAUUUGUAGUGUGAACAGGGGGUGAUCUUAUAACUCAUAGCCAACAGAAUUCUGUUGGUUGCCAGCUUCUUUUGGGAACCCUACCACUAGCUAAGGUGCUGCUUGAGCACAUCUCUGAUUGAGCCUCUGCAGUAAAUCUGUGAGCCUUAUUAUUCUGACCCAUUCUGACCUAUUGAAACAGCUCACUUGAGCAUUGGAUUUUGUGUACUUUGUGCCAGGAGUAAUAAUACACAGUGUUGUUUAAAUUUCACAGGAAAUUUAGAGAAAAUGUUAGGAAAAUUGUGGAGCAUUUCUUUUUCAGGUGAGGGAAUUAAAAACAGUUCAAUUGAUAACAUGAGCAAAUCACUCUACAAGUGUAAUUACAACAGUUACAAUAACUUAUAACCUUGUUUGGUGCAUUAUUUUAUUUCAGAGUAUUUAGUCUGCUGUUGGUUCUGGUGGACAUUAUUAUUGUUAUAGUAGACUUGGCAACUGCAGGAGAAUCAGAAAAGGUAACAUUGGAAUGUACAUGUAUUUAAACUUGCUGUCAAUUGAAAGGGUGUAUGAAAUAAAGCCUUAUUUCUCUCUUUAGUUCACAAGAAAAUACAAGAUAAUUUAUGACAAGAAUCAAGGAGUUUAUCAGAAAUCACAUUCCUAAAAUAGUAGUAAUAAUAUUAGUUAUAAUGAUAGUAAUAGUAAUAAUAACAUUGAUAAUGAUGAUGAUGAUGAUGAUGAUGAUGAGACAAGCAUUAAUGGACCAGCAUUAAUGCUGAGGUCUUUGUUGCAGAGUCUGGAGAUUAUUUCUGUGAUAAUAGUAACAUAUUUCUUGAUGGAACUUCUGCUGAGAAUGUAUGCGUUAGGGUAAGUGAAUCAUCUAAUUUAAUAAUGGUUUCAAUCGAAGAGUACAGUGCCAUCAUUCUGUAUCAAGUGUGAUAAGGUACCAUAAACAGCUGCAUAUGAGCCCCCCAAAUUAAAAGUCCCCCCAGUCAUAGGCCCAUCUACCUGUAAACAAAAAAUACAUCCGAUUAUAAGCCUCCCCUUCCCCCCAGAUGUAAUCCCCCCUCCAAAUUUAUGGAAAUUAAUUCAGUUUAUUAUGACGUUUUGAAGUUCAAUUUAGAAAUCAGUACAAUUAGCCCUCCUAAAACCCCUUACAGAGAUGUACAAGCCCUGGGCUUUGAAGCGGCAGCUUACGGUAAACAGUCUAGGGAAUUAAAAGGCAAGAGUCAUCAAGUGUAGUCAUCAAGUUGCUUGUUGCAGAACUUUAAACAAAGCAUGGCUUGCUUACUAGCAUUUUUACUGUUGUUUUUAUUCUUUUGCUUGUUGCAGAACAUCAUUCUUUCAUAGAUGGCUGGAGAUCGUAGACAUGAUUGUAGUCAUUGCCUCAUUUAUUCUCACGCUUGUCUUCUCCUGGCUGACUUUACAGGAACAUGGUUAUGCCAAGUAAGCACUGCAGCUUAAAGAAGAAACAGUCUUAAGUACAAAGAACAAUUCCCCCAUAACUUAACAUAGUUAUUCUGCUUAUCCUUGAUUAUGCCUGUUAGCAUUUUACUCUAAGAUGAGACCUUUGAGGAGUAUUUACACACAUGUAAACAUUUAAUAGAAUUGAGAAGAAGUUAUUUUUUACAAAAAACUUUACAUAUUAAAAUAAUCAAAUAUCAAAAGAGCCUCCUCAUUUUAUGUGGAGGAAACAGGUAUAUUUAAAGGUCAAAAAUACACAGAAUGUACAGUAAAAGUACCUAUUUUAUUUAAAAGUAUUAUUUUUAAUCCAGAAAUGUCAAGAUAGUCACAGGUUUCUGCCAGAAUUUGUGACGAAGUCAGCCAAUGUCAUUAUUCUCCAAUCCAUCUGUUUUAGGCUUGUAGUUGCUGCUCGUUUUGUGCGUUUGCUGCUGUUUAUAAGGAUUGUUACUGGGAAAGAUCAGCUAGAAAGAGCAACAAGAAGAAUGGUAAGUAAGUCACAAGAUGGAAAUGUUUGAAACUGAAAAGUUUUUCCAAACCACUGAUAGAGCUGAACAGGCUUAAGGCUGUGUGCAAACAGAUAAGAAUCCCCCAACUCCCAACAUUGUUGCGCCAACAAUGUUGGGAGUUGUUGCGUGUGUGUUGGCAGUGGUGUGCAAACGGAUGAAACAACUCCCAACGAUGUUGGGACCUGCAGUGCAUUGUAGGAAGGAUACAACCCAUAAGUCUUUGUAAACCAUGUGUAAUGAGCAUGUGUGGCCCGAACAAUGUUGGAAGAGCUGUGCAAACGGAUCCAACAUUGUUGCGUCACGCUUCAGCGAUCACGGAACAAAAGAAAUGUUGGGAGUUGUUGGCUGAAAAGUUUGACCGGUAUCAAACUUUGCGCAACAACAUGCAACAGGGUGUGCAAACGGACACAAGAUGUAACAUCCAACAAUUUUGGGAGUUGUUGGCUAGCAAUGUUGCGUCCGUUUGCACGGGGCUUAAGUAACUUAAAUGAUGACUAAAAAACUUGGGAAUAGUUUAGGAAAGACAAAUCAGUGACUGCAGUUGACAGUGGGCAGACUAUCUAGGACUUGGUGCCAGUUAGACUGCCAUACACAUUGAUCAGGGCUCUUACGUGUAUGGUUUGGCUGGCUUUCUGGUAGUUUAAAACAUCAAUCAACUGACUAAUCAGUAAUUCUAAUUUGAGGCGCUGUCUUUGGAAUACCAAACAUACAUUAAUUGUUAAUAGGUAGAUCUUCCCAAGGCGUCUCUGAGGCACAAUGAUUGAACUUGAAAAAAUAAUUUGAAUUUGAGAUUGUCCUUUGGCCAAGCAGCACCCAAAUUUUGACUGCCCUUCUAAGUUUAUUUUUCAGUUUCAAAAUGAAUUGCUUGGGUCUUCACCCAUCAACAAAGUGAACUUGAAAGGUUACUUGCCUGACACAAAAUUUACUUGUCACAGAUCAGAAAUCUGUAUGGGACUUUUUUUUAUGCCUCGAGUUGAGGCAAACUAUCUUACUAAUCUAUGUAUUGUGUUUAUGAGACAUGGGAAUGUAUCCUGACACUCUCCUUGUCUCAUUUGGAAGUGAGAUCGGGCAGUGGGGUGCAAUUUAUAGAAGUACAAAAAAAUUGUAAUUCCUGGUGGGAAGUUGGAAACUUCACGUAAAAAUAAGUAAAUAUAAUGUUCAAAGUAAAAUGGAAAGAAAUGGUUUGUCUCUUUUGUUGUGGCUUGUAGAUAUCACAAAACAAGAGGAGAUACCAAAAGGAUGGUUUUGAUCUAGAUCUUACAUAUAUCACAGGUAAUGUUUUUUUUUAGAGAAAAUAAUGGAUGUUUGCUGGUUUAUAAGAAAAAAAAAUGAUUGGACUGUUGAUUUAUUUGGAAGUACAGUGGAACCCCGUUAAUAUGGGCCAAAACAAAUUAGCCAAAUUAAUGGAUGACCGUAUUAAUGAGGGUUUUUUUACAAGAAAAUGUAUUGCCGUUUUGCCAGGCAGCCAAAAAAGGGGCCAAAUAACGAAGUGACCAUACUGCUGUAUUACCGCGGUGGCCAUAAGGCAUGGUUUCACUGUAUUGCAUGGACUCUAAGCAUAUGGCAAUAACUAAUCUUUUCAUAUAUAUUCCUGUUUCUUUGUUUGUUUGUUUGUUUCUUACAGAGAAAGUUAUCGCUAUGUCAUUUCCAUCCUCUGGGAAGCAGAAGAUGUAUCGAAAUCCAAUUUCUGUGAGUUUGUCAAGAAUGUAACAUACUUGCAUGCAUGUCUUGAGAAGGGCUCAAUGAGCUAAUCAAAGGCUAAUUUGUUUUAUUUUGUAGAUGUUUAAGUUUACUUUAAUCCCUUGACUUUUGCUCAAUAAUAUUUAUUUAUUUAUUCUGAUAACGAUUAUCAGUACCCACAAAUUAAGGCAAAGCUUAAACCACAACUCACAUACAUUAAUUUUGAUAUCCUUACAAAUUUGCCCAUGGUACAUGACGUAACUUCCAUUUUAUUAUACCCCGCCCGGUUCUGUGAAAAAUUCUUAGACUGUUCACUAUGUAAUGUCUGUACUUUACAGCAUACUUAAUAAUACAACUGCUAAUUGAGGUUCAAAUGGUUUUAACUCGGUAGAGUAAAAGGUAGUAUUCAUUUAAUCAACAGGAAGUUGUGCGGUUCCUAGACACCAAACAUGAAAACCACUACAAAGUGUAUAAUUUAUGCAGUAAGUUAAACUAUCUUCUGCUUUCUGAUCUUCAAGUUGGGUUUCAAAUCAGUGUGUGGUACCUAACUGUAUAGAUGCAGCUUUUGUUCUGAAGUAGCCAAUCAACCUUAAUGUCACGUGAUAAUGUUACCCAUAUUUGAAAAAUUCAUGAUCAUCUGCUGUGGUGGGAAAUUUCUCCCUUUCUUUAAGUCGCCAGGAAAGGACAACCCACUCCGCACCUGUUAUAAAUGUCACAAUUUGGAGGGAUUCCCCUGUUUAGGCAGUGUCUUGGAACUCCAGUUUUGAGUAUUAUUUUACUCAGUUCCUUGUACCUGUACCAGUCCUUGUUAUGACUAUUUUAGUACAUGCAUGAAGAUUUCCCUUGCCCUUUAUGUUAGGAGAUUCCUAUUUUAAAAGUCAAAAAGUGGGGGGGGGUUCAGGGAAUACCUUCCUCCGAGGGAAAUUGCUCUGUUCUUGUAAUCUAUAAGAGGUCACUUGUUGGAACUAUAAAUGUCAGGGAUAUUUUCCCUGCCCUUUUUUAGUAGAGGAAUCCCCUAAGAGGGGAUUCCCUGGUCCUUCACUAAAGUGGAAUUACUCUUUUCCUGGAACCUGUACAAGUCCAUUUAUGACCUUGUUUCGUAGAUUUGCCAAUUUUAGGCCUUUCUGCUAAACUAUUACCUUGCUACUGAUCCAUGUUAUAAGGAUUACACCUUUGUGGAAUGUUGCCCUGUCCUGGUUGUCCGCAAAAAGUACCUGUCAUUACCAUGUUAGGGGAAUCCCCUGGUCUUCCCUGUUAGGCUAACUUCUCUGGUUACCUAAUAUUUCCCAACGGACAACCCAGAUGUCUACAAAUGCCCUUGCUAUGAUUGUUUCUCUCAAUACAAUAUUUUGUCAUUGUAUUAAUUGAUGUUCAGGUGAGAGAAGCUAUGAGCCAUCUAUGUUUCAUAACAGAGUGGAGAGAAUUCCUAUUGAUGACCAUAACGUCCCUAGACUAAGGUUAGAAUCUGACUCGUCCCAAGUCAUCUCUCUCUCUAUCUCUCUCUAUUGGCGCGUGACAUGUGAUGGAAAGGAGGAAAGCGAGGGAGAGAGAGUCUUCCUCUCUUCUCCCUUCUCAUCACCCCUGCUUCUGUCAUGCAUGUUACGCGAGAAGACGACUGGGGAGAAGUCAGGGUUAGAAUAACAUUAUUGUUAUGUUUUAUGCAGUUUUUACUUCAAACUUUAAAGUGACAUUGUAUGAUAAGAGCAAGUCGGUUAUAAGAUUAUUGUGACAAGGUCAAUUAAAACCCUUUUUAAAACCUAAUUGGCAGAUUUUUCCUUGACAAAAGGUAACCUCUGCAUCCCAAAAAGUUAACUCUAAAUUUUCACUAUUGAAGAUACAAGUACAUGUAAAUUUAAGUUUUUCCUUAAAUUAAUAUUGUCACAUUAGGUUGUUGUUUAGUUCUGUCGUCAUCUAAUGAGAAGAGUAGCAGAAAGUCAUUUGAUAAGUUUUCAACGUUUGCUUUCCAGCCAGUUAUUGUAUUUUACUCACAAUGUGAGAGAAUGGCUUGAUAGAGAUCCAAAGAAUGUCAUUGCUGUACAUUGUAAAGGAGGAAAAGGUGAUUAAUUUUAGUAUUCUCUGCCAUCAUAUUUCAAUGACUCGGUACAUUAAACUGUGUAUUGUAUUAUUACAUGUACUUUCCGUUAAAGGAGUUUAAAAAGUAUCCCGCUAGUUAACAAUGGCAGUUGUUGUCCAGAACAAACUUAGAUUUUUCUACCUGGCAAUUACAUUAUACGUUUUCAUGCUUACUUACUCAGCAGGCAAGGGUCUAGGCAAGGUAGCUUCUAACUAAACUCAUAUCCUAAGACAAGAAUGUUCAAAUUUGUGUGUUUGUUGUCCUUUGCUGGAUUCUAGCUUUUUUUUAAGUAGCAAGUUUUUUCAUUAUGCUUUAUUUGUGGCCAGGGAAAUGAAUUGCCUGUAGCAAUCACAUUUAUUUGCAUUUACAAAUUUGGUGUUCACUGUAUUGAAUUGUUAUUCUUAUUUUAGGUAGAACAGGCACUGCAAUAUGUUCGUGGCUUAUUGCCAAUGGACAGUUUGAACAAGCUCAGGUAUUAUUGAGUUCUAUAGGUUUUUUUGUCUUUCUCUUUUUUUUUGGAUGCUGUAUAAACAUUAUUCCCUUGAAAAAUGGUUACUUUUAAAUGGUGGAAACCUGUAUUUUAAACUGCAAUUCAUAAUUUAUAAUUUGUUGUUGUUAUCUCUUUGAGUUUUGUUUAUCUUUGUCAGUACUAUUAUCACCUUUUAUCACUGUUAUUUCCUGGAGCUCCAACCUAGUUCUAUCAGCGGGAAUAUCUCAUGAAAAUGUUUGGGUUUCCAUUCUUUCACCACAAUUAUUUUAGAGUUAAUUGAUUGAUCAUUGGUGACUAUUUUGAUUGUCUUGGCAUUUUCGUUCCUCUAGCAUAGCUUGGAAUAUUUUGGACACAGAAGAACAGAUUAUUCAGUUGGGAAUCAGUACCAAGGAGUACAAACACCCAGCCAGGUUUGUUUGUACUGGGUCAGCAUUGUUAUAACCAUUUUUCAUUUGUCAGCAGUGGGGUUUCUCACCCUGCAUUUUUGAUGAAACUGUUCUGGCCAAGAUUAGUCCUUCAGUUUUAUUUGGUUUCCUUGAAAUUACUCAAUGAGUUGUUUUUUAACUGUUAUUUCUCUCUCCAGAGCCGUUUUGUAGGCUACCUUGAGCAAGUUUUCACCAAGUUAAAUGGCCGUCUCCCCCCAUCAAUAUCUUACCGCAUUAAAAACAUCAAGAUAGAUGGAAUAUCUGGUACGUAGACUGCCUGUACAUUCUUUACAGUUAACAAGAAAGUUUUCUUUAAGACUUCAAUACAGUAAUGAUAAAACACGAGGAACUUAAUUGCUAAACGUUUGUGGUUUAUCUUUUUAUAUCUUUUGUUUGCCAUGAAGUUUUAGCUUUGCUUAACUGUAGUUCUAGUUAGGAGCUAAACUUGGCAGACAAGACGGUAACUGGUCAGGGGGGCUCUUUCUAAAUAACCUCGUUACCAAGAAGGGAGAAUUCAGCAUUUUUAGUUGGUUAAUGCUUUUCUUCAGGUCUUGGUGAUGGCAAUGGUAAUGACAUUUCAUUUGAGAUAAUCAUCAAUGGCAUUACAGUUUUUAAAAUGGAGCUUGCAAGUUCACGUGAUGGACAGGUAAGUAGCAUAUAAUUACUCAGCCAAAUAUUAUUAUAAUGUAUAAGAAGAAAAUUUCCCUUGAAGGGUUAUUCUGUUCCCGAUUGGUGUUUUACAAUCCUAUUGCUUCUCAUGUAUAAAGCACAAUAGUGGAGGUGGACUAGUGACGUAGGAUAUAGUAGUGGAUGUAUUUGUAUUGAUAUGUUUUGAAUGCUGAUACUUGGAACCUUUUACACAGAUACAACAUCUAAAAGAACUCGACAAACUUGUUAUCAUUCUAUAUGAAGCGGAAUCCCCUACACUUACAGGAGACAUUAAAAUGAAGUUUUAUUCAUCCAAUCCGGUAAGAUGGCCUGAUGUAACCCUCAACCUGAUUUAUGUUUUCAAUGAGUUGUUGUUGGUUGGAACUUUUGGUUGGAGCUUUUUCUCCAGACCAUUUUCCCAACAUAUUGUGUAUUCCUCCCUCUACCAAAAAAUUAUGUUGCUUAACUGGUUUAAUGAAAUGGUUUAACUACACGAUAUUCUUGGUUUUGAUUAUUUAGAAUGUUCCAUGUGAAUAUGACAAGUGUGCCUUCUUCUUUUGGUUCCAUACAAGUUUUGUUGAGAAUAACAGGUAGGACUAAUUCAGCUGAAAGUAGACAAACAGCACUGCUCAGGAUAUAAAAAUAAUACUGUCAGUGCAAAAGUUAUGUUGAAGCAAUUUAUGUCUCUUUAAUCUUUAAAUAACAUUUUUGUAAUAUAUUGAAUGUCUCUUUGUAAAUGUUUUUUUUUGUGCAAAAUAAGUAAACUGAAACUGAACUCCCCUCCCCAUCCCCCUCCUUCUCUCUUUGUCUUUUUUAUCCCCAAAGGUUCUUUGUGUUUAGAUGCUUUAGAACGGAAGACUUCUACUGCCUUGUAGACUAGAUCUAAUGGAAUUAUUUAAACUGUUUCUUGCAUUGAUUCAAGUCAUUGAUAAUACACAAUCACAUUAUUAAUGAAACAAUUAGGAAGUUGUAUAUUUGUAUAAGAAUAUUGUGCAUACAUUUUUUUGUUUCUCAAGAAGUUGAAUUUUUGCAGGUUGUUUCUUCGUCGCGGCGAGUUGGAUAAUCCCCACAAACCCAAAACAUGGAAGACAUACCAGGAAAAUUUUGGUGUAGAUAUUACAUUUGCAAGACUUUGAUUGAAACAAGCAAGAUCACAAUGACUUUAAGCCAUUUUAAUUCAGUCCCAUUUUUUAGUGCCAAUAAUAUUCAUGAAACCCAUUAUCUUAUCAGGGAUCAUACAGGGGGUAAAUUUUGCAAUAUUGUUCCUUUUAGAUUAUAUUUACAAUGAAAUGGCCCUGUAUUUAAAUUUUUGGACCACUAUGGCUACUACAACAAUCCUCUUGGGGUCUGAUUUCUUUUGCCUGUUAUUUUAACCCUUUAAGUCCCAAUAGUGACCAACAACAAUUUUCUCCUAACAAUAUCCAUACACUGUCAAGAGAUAAAGUUAUGAGAAUUGAUAAAAUGAUCAUCAUAGAGAAAAUUCCAUGACCUUUUAUCAAAUUCUCUCAACUAAUUCUUAAAGGAGAUGUAUAGAGAUCAGUUUGGAGAAUUUGUCAGUGGAUAUUGGGGCUUAAAGGGUUAAUCCUCAUUAGGGUUACAGCCUUUUGAACCGCUUUUACAGGUUUUGGCUCUGUCAAUGAAAGAGAGAAUUCUUUGAUGGCAGAGUUUAACCAGGAAACUGAUUUGAAUCUGUCAUAGCCCUCAUGGCCAUCCUUACACAUACCUUGGUCAUCAAAAUGUUGAGCAUUUCUCUAAAAAAAACCAAGCAAUUUCAAAAUGGCGAAAGGCUGGGCAAAUACAUUGUUAACAGAUAAGUUAUCCUUUUUCCCAUUUUUUUUCUUUGAUUUUAUGGGAGGUCCCACAAUCUCUAAACCUACCCACCCCCCAACCCCAUUCACCACCUUUUUCUACCACCCUUUCCUGGUGGGUAGAAUUUUUUAACAGGUCAUUCAGAGUAAAACAGUUAAAUAAAAUAUUUUCUUAUCAUUUAGCGAAGAGUGAUAUGCACAAGAAAUUGUCCAUGGACUCAACAGAUAAAAGAUUAGUUUUUUGAAAAAAGUAAUAGUGAAGUAAAAAAUAAAUAAAUAUUAAAGAAAAACUUUGAUACAUGGCAACCUGCUCUUUUGCUGUACAGAGGUUCGUAGGGCUUGCAAUCUGUUUGGUUUUUUUAAUGUAUAGCUGAGAGUGCACAAGGCAUGUGUUGAUUCUCAAUUUCCUUUGCUCCCUAGCCCCAAGAUGGACUCAUUAAUUAACAGAUGGGGAAACAAUAUUAUUGAACUGUUGUGUCGUAAGUAUGUAGAUGAGGUGAUCGGGUCCAAGUUUUGUACCUGCCUAAUAAUUACGGCUAGGAGACAAAGGAAAUUGAGGAUUAUACCAGGUGAAAAAAAAUGAACCUUAAUUUAAUUUUGACCUGCAACAUAAAAUUCUUUCAGGAGUGCAGUUUGGAAUAAACCAUGAUAAACCGUUUGGUUUCAUGGUUCCUUUAACAUUGUGAUACACAAGACAUAUUAAUAGUAUAUUUUUUAUUCGAAGUUCAAGAUAGCCUGUGAACAGACACCCCCCCCCCUCAAAAAUAAUCCUCUGUU